AUGGUUCCAGCAAACAGAACAGCAAUUCAAAUAUGGAUAAUAUUUCAACUGUUCAAUGUCAUACCUUUAUUCUUUUUAUGCCUUCAAUUUCUUUAUAAAGGGAAACAUUAUACUAUGGCUUGCCUUAGUUUAACUACGAUAUUUGAUUGCAUAAUAAGUGUACCUAUUGCUUUGAAGUAUCAUUUUAUCGACCCCGAUUCAACAACUUCGACACCUCAAAAUAUCUCAACAAACGAUCCGAUUAUUACCAAUGAUACUUAUUCUACCAAUAAUACCGAUACUGAAUUUUGGAAUGAAACUUCAUCUGAGAUUUGGAGCGGAACUUCACAGGAAAUGUCCCUAAUUCUUGCCACCGACACCACUGAUUUGGAACCAAUUUGCAUCGUUCAGGCAUUCUUAUUAUAUUCUACACAAUUGAGUAUUGGAUUUUGGAUCCUUUGCUUGAUGAUUAAUAUGUGGUUGUUGUUGGUUAAAGCUACAAACGAUAUUGAGGUCAAAUGGUUCAAGAUCCAUAUAAUAUUCUCCUGGUGUGUUCCUUUAUUCCUAACAUUCGCUACAUUCAUGCUUCUAAAAUCGCAAGCCAACUUCGGUGUUACUUCAUCCUACUACCAUUGUGUAGUCACAGGUGGACUUAUUCACCUUGCCACAAACCAUGCUCCUUUCUUGCUGUGCAUGUUUAUAGGUCUUGGUUUAGGCGUCCAACCUCUUGACGAUAUAUUCGAGCUCAUAAGUUUUAUUGCAACGUCCCCUAUUUGCCACAUGAUGACCAUGUUAUCUCCACAUAUAAAUGCUUAUUUCAACACAAUCCUGACAUUUGGUCUCUUCUUAAUUUUUGGUACAACAAAAGAAGCUCUACGUUCUUUAUUUCUUUGCACAUGUUGUUUCAACGUGUGUGGCUGUUCAAAACUCAUAUUUCGUCAUCGAACAUCGAUUGCCACUUUUAUUGGUGAUCCAAGGCAAAGCUCAUCAAGUAACAACGUAACAAUAAUAAUGGAUAAUGGUGAAAAUGGUGAUCUUGAAACAGAUUCAGAGAUGGAAAUUACAAUUGUUGAGUCACCACCUAGCACUUUUGGAAACUUGAAAAGGACAACAUCAUUCAGUAAAUAUAAAAUAGGGGAUGAUGUUCUAAAAUUUGAAGAAUUUAGAUUGAAUCACAUACUUAGAAGUUAUAGUAUUGGUAAAAAUGGUCGUCACAAUUAUGGGGGAAGUCGCAAAUUAGACAAGAAUGGCGGUGAAAGUACAAUGAAUAGUGUUAAAAGUUUUAAAAGUUUUAAAAGUUUAAAUAGAUAUCUUGAAAAUCAGCAAAACGAUAAAAAUGGAAAGGAAAUAAAACAAAUCGGAGGAAAUGAAUACGCGAACGAUGAUAACAUAGUAGGAAAUAAAAUCACGAUAGGCUCGACAGACAAUGACCAGAUGAUUUCCGACACUUUGCCUUCGACACUACCACUGCAACCUAUUCCUUUCAUGCAACCAAAAACUCCAGGAUCGAUGAGAAAUUAA